AUGCCGCGGGGUGGAGUUGCGUACUCACGAAAGUAUCGGGAUCUACAGCGAGAGCAAGAAAAGGACAAGAAGGCUGCGGCUAUGGAGAUCCAAAAGACCAUACAGCGACUUGCGAACGAAACGGAGCGACGACGAAGAGAGGCAUUGGAGAAAAAGCGACGAGAACGAGAAAGAGAUGAUCGAGAACGAGCUCGUAUACUUGAAGCCCGUAGAGCGAAGCUGGAAGCAGCUGCACCUCCAUGGAGAUUAGGGACAUCUACAACCACAUUAUCUGGACAACGCCCACCACCCAGACCGCAUAUGCCCACCUGUAAUAGCAGUUCAAGAUCUCUGUCUCGUUGUUCCAACCGCCCACAAAGCCGUUCACAGUCAUCUAUACCAACUCGCCAUCCAACCCGCGCAUCGAAAAUCCACUCUGCUCCACCGAAAGUCUUGUGCUCUGCUCCCACCCUUGGACACGAUAAGGAAAGGAGGAAUGAUGACAGUUUUUUGCAGGAUCAUCCUGCCUGUACCACAUAUACGGAAAAUACUUGUGGAUUGGGGAGGACGAGGCGACCAUCAUCAGGGCGAAGUCACCUCAGUUAUGUUACAGCUCACAAUGGUCGAAGCGUUCGUGUUGUAAAAGGCUACUCGGUCGAAUUACUUGACGGCGACAACGACUGGACGUCAGCGAGCGCUUCAGUUCAGUCCCGUUCCAAAUCCAGUCUGAAAUCUCCUGUAAUGUCUCGGGCAAGUAGUGGUAACAAAUCUCUAUAUGACGAGCUUGAAGCUCUGCACACCGCGGACCUUGCGCCAUCUCCUAUGCCAAAUUACCCUCCUCCUCCGGAAAAAUCACAAUCUUCACCCAUACCAGAGCCAGCCCGGCGUAUCUUACCAAACAUUGUCGAUCUCUCCCCAUCCGCCGACCCAUCAUUUGGCGGAAUAGAGAAUCUAGAACAGUUGCUACAUACUGAUUGCAGGAAGAGCGAGAAAUGGACACAGUCAAAUCAGUUAUCGAACGCUGCUGAUCUACAGGUUCGAUGCGUUUCCCGUCCACAAAGUGCUCGGUUCGACAAGUUGGGUGGAUCCGCACCAAAUUUGGACGUUGAGCGAGUUCGCGGCAUAAGCUCAGUUGCUGAAAGAUCUCGGUCGUCAUCAGAACUGGAUGAUAAAGUGUCAACCAGUCGACGUACUUCCCAAGCAGGGCCUGACUCUACAACACAAUCGCAGUUGAAAGGCGAGCAGCAGCCUGGAGCUCGACAGUCCGCCACUCCACCGACAUCGGUGCAGCGUUCAUCACUUGCAAUGUCUCGCCCAGGAUCGGCGGGAAGACCGGGCAGUGCAAAGACGAUUACAUUUGCAGACAAGCCUGUGAUUCUUGGGACAUCCUCUCAUAGCUCCUUCUUUGAUGAAAUUGAAGGCGAGCCGAAAGACGAGGAUCAUCACAUUGAGAGCGAUUCGGACUCUGAGCCUCCAGCAUUUGUCACGCCAGCAACGCAUCGUACAAAGGAUGAAUCUGGAUCCAUUGAUACCGUAACAAACACUACAAGGGAUAACCUGACCGGAUCAGCCGUCGAUAUAGCAAGAACCGGUUCUCGACAUGUGCCCCAGACGCCCCCAAAGAGUCAUUCAUCCCCGUCAAUUACGCAAACACAAUCUGAAAGCGUCCGGUCACCUCUCUCACGCAGCCUCAAUUCAAUAAAUCCCUCCCACCCAACAAGGAUUAACCCCGCAUCCGAGAUCCGGCUCGCAACGCGGGAACUCGUCCCUAAAGAUCUCCUUCCGCUACCAGUAACCAAGCGACCACGCUCCGCACCCUCAAAAAGGGAUAACAGUGCACUCCCUCCAAUCCACGGCAAUACCACAGACGUCCUACCCUCACGAAUACCCAGAUGGAGAAGUGCUCCAGUGAUUAGCGAUCGAUGCAAAGAAAGGAUAAAACUACCUCCUAUACAAAAGAAAGUUGUGACUACCAGACCGGGACGGGGACAGAGAGAAUCCCUCGAAAUCUUUCUUUAUGCAGAAGAGCUAAGCAAGCGAUCUGACAUGUCUGUAAAACUAAUAUCCGAUGAACUCGACCGCAUUCAAAUGUACAGGCGGAUGGAUUCCGCUGAAGACGUAAACGUCGUCCAGCAAAAGCGUGUACAAAGCAGUGCAAUGUCCCGCCGGGAUAUACUUUCGUUCAACUCUUCACUUCCCCCAGACCAGCAGGGUUUUGGCCGAAACUUGGAAGGCAAGAAAGGGGAUACUGGAGUUGGAGUUCGAAGGAAAAAUGAAGGAUAUAUCUAUCGGCAUCCAACUAGCGGACCUUUACCGCUUGUUGCGGAAGAGACGCAGCUGGUCAAAUCCAUCGAGAAUCUGGAUCGGCUGUUGUCUGCGAAAAUGGGAAAGCUUGGGUUCUGUGGGCGGUGACUGUUUCCUCUUGUACGUUAUGAAACAAGUGCGAUGAUAGACUUUUACAAGUAGAAAGGGGAUUUACUGUAUAAUUAAGCUGUAUCUUUUUAGAUACAUG